GGGUCGUCGUUUCUUUCCGGUUCGUUUAUGUCGACACACCGCAUCGGCGCCGUCAAUACGGAAGCCUCGCAUAUAUUUCUCCGAUUUGUUCCAAAUAUUAUCUGGCUGCCGUCAUCUCACUGUUAAUUUAUAUGAUUCCUAAAAUGAAUCUUUUGCAUUUCUUAUUAUUUGUUUAUUUUUUGCUUUCACGCAUAGUGUCGUAACUUGCGGACUUCGCCGGACAUCACUGUACAAGAUUUUGAAAGACCUCCUCGUCAAUGACAAUGUCUCUGUGGCCCAAGAUCUCCGCUGUUCUUCCACCAGACGAAGACCACUUCCCACUGCACUUCAACGACAAGGUGGAGGCGAGCGUGAUGGAAAUGCUGAGAAGAUCCAGACACCAGCUAUACACCGGCGCCCCGGCCACAGGCCGCCUGCUCGACGCUCAGAUCGUUCUGGACGUGUCGUGGGAGAAACUCAACAUGGGAACGUGGCGCCACGUGGACAAGGAGUGGCGCCGGGUCUACUCGUACGGGUGCCUCUUCAAAGUAUGCGCCUUGUGCGGAGCGGAACCUUCAGUGGAUGACCUUCUGCAGGCAAUGCGCACCUGUGACAUGGGUUUGCUCAUGGGCGCCGCCAUCAUGGACGAUCGACUACAAGUUCUGGUCGGGAUUCUGCAAAAAGAAAUCAAGAAAGACAACAGAAGUGAAGGCGGGAGAAAGCAUACAGAGCGACAGCAUACACAGGCCAAGAGGCUGAAGUUGGUACUGCCAGAUGUUCCGCUGAUCGGAGAAGAUCAGGCAAUUCCUAGAGUAAAAUGCCCGUCUCUGGAGAGCUUCAAGAAGAACUACCUGCUCCCUUCCAAAGCGGUCCUCUUGGAGGGGACCAUCGAUCACUGGCCAGCCCUCAACCAGCACCCGUGGAGCUUAGAAUAUUUAAGGUCGGUGGCGGGGUGUCGCACUGUCCCUGUGGAAGUGGGCUCCAGGUACACGGACAAGGAGUGGUCCCAGACGCUGAUGACGAUCGACGAAUUCAUCGACCGCUAUAUUUUAAACCAGCGUGAGACCAGGCAGGAGGGGGCAACACCUAUCUGCGGCUAUCUGGCUCAGCAUCAGCUCUUCGAGCAGAUACCAGAGUUGAAGGAUGACAUCCGAAUUCCUGAUUACUGCUGCCUGUGUGACGGCGACGAGGACGACGUGACCGUCAACGCCUGGUUCGGGCCCGCCGGCACCGUGUCGCCCCUCCACCAGGACCCCCAGCACAACUUACUGGCGCAGGUGGUGGGAAGCAAAUACGUCCGCUUGUACUCGCCCGAAGACUCGGACAAGGUCUACCCACACUCGUCUCAGCUCCUCCACAACACAAGCCAGGUGGAGGUGGAGAAUCCCGACACAGAACGCUUCCCGGAGUUCUCCAAGGCUCCGUACCGGGAGUGCGUGCUGCGGCCCGGAGACGUGCUCUUCAUCCCGGUGCAACACUGGCACUACGUGCGCUCACUGGAGCAAAGCUUCUCCGUCAGCUUCUGGUGGUCCUGAUUUGGUCAAACGACAGAAAAAUGAAAUGAGUUAUUCCAAUGCCUCCGUGGAGGAGGCGUCCACGUCGUGCAUGCGCUCGGCCACGAAGAAGCAGAGCGUGCCGCUGAAGCCCAGCACCACCAUGAGGAGGAGCUGCCACGUUAGCAGCAUGUUGCCGCUGUAGAAGAACGCCACGGCUGCGAAAACCGACUGAACAACACAAGAGCCAAGAAAAAAAACAAAAA